CAGACUUCAUUUUUAAGCAAAUCUACGAGAACAAGAAGAAGAGGUGCAUCAACGGACUGGAAAGAUGGCUAAUGACAAGAGUCCACUGGGUCAACUCAAGGAUCUCGUGGAGUUAAAAGACCAGUUGGAGGACAUUCAGAAACGGGUAGAAGAUGAGAUACAGGCUGGAGUUCCUCCAGGGGGCAGUCUGCUGGCUUCUCCUUUCUUGAAGGGUUUUCUUGCUGGGUACGUUGUUGCUAGACUUCGCUCUUCAGCGCUGCUAGGCGUUGCCAUAGGCACGUGUACAGGGAUGUAUGCAGCUCAAAAUUAUGCUGUUCCCAACAUCGAAAACACCAUUAAAGACUACAUACGCAACCUGAAAGGAGGACACAAGUAAGGAGGAGGAAAAUUGGAGCCAAACAGCGGAGCAAAGCGAUCUUCAGAAAGAGUGUGCCAGUACAGCUCCACAUGGGAUCAGAAACAUAUAGAAAAAGCUUAAAACUUAUCAGAAUUUAAUGUGGUAUUUUUUUACUUUCAAUAUACUUAAAUAAUAUAUAUAAAAAAUUUAUAAUUACACUAUUGAAUUUGGUAUAGAGUGAAAAAAAAAACAGCUAUUCUUUUCCUUUUUAUAUAUAUAUUUUUUUAAUUUAGUUGACCCCCCUGCAGAAGACAGCUCAUUAAUUCAUGCAUUCAUUAAUAUGAAUGCAGAAAAAUGUCAGUGGUUGAAAUUUAGACAAACUGCUACUAUUGUAAAUCCUCACAGCUGCUAUGAUUGACUUCUGAAGCCAACCUUGUCAUUCAUUACAGCACAUGCUUUCUAAAACUUAAUUGAAAGACCAACAAAUAUGUAGCUGUAAACUCUGGUUCUGCUUAUUGUAAGAAAACGCGUUGCAUUUUUAUGAAAAUUCAAACAGGACUUGAAUUCUGUGUGUUUUGGUAUCUUCUGCCCUCUAGUGGUCAGAAAUCAAUAAUAGCAGCCUUAACUAAUUAGCACUUUUUUUCCUUGUUGCUCAGGGUGUAAAAUUGCCUCACUUUACAUCACACAGUUGUUCUCUGCAAAACCUGUCAAAUCUUUUGGUUUUUGUUAGUUUUCACAUUGGUUACAGUUAUCAGAGCAGUGUCUGUAAUGUGGAGUGAUGUCAAUUUACAGGUACAGAACCCUUCCCCUUUCCUUCUGGAUUGUAUUUCCUAAUCUCUAUAUAAGUUAACACUUUUCAGAGACCUGUGUCUUUUUUUUUUUUUUUUUGACAAGUUGUUCCAUGAUUGACUCAGAAAAACACUCAAUUUGCCAGAAAUUAUGUUGCUUUUUCUGUGUCCUCACAAUGCUGAAAAAAUUCUAAGAGCAAGAAAACAGCCAAAUGCCAAAGCAAUUAUUUUUCUUUAUUAAGAUUUAAUUUGCUCUUUGGACUUUUAGAAAAACUGGGGAAUGUGUGUUAAAGCAUUUCAUGUAAAGUAUACAUUAAGAGUGCCUACUAUGGUCUGGAGUUGACAGUAUCAUCUCAAAAGCCUUGUAAGAGUUGGCUGCCUGUUUUCUAUAUGCUGGAAACUGAUCGUUUGCACAUGUAUCGAUUUUACUCUUUUAAUCUAAAGCCGUUAGUAAUUUGUAUUUAUUUUGGAGUCAUUUAUUGAAAUCUGUAGAAUGAAAAGUGAAAAGUUUUACUUUCUUAGAAUGUGCUGAUUGCAUCAUGCACUUAUGAGUUGUACUUUAGAGGUUUAAGCUGUAAAACUGAGUGUUUUAUCCAUAGACUAUGCUGCUUCUGCUGCAGGAGACACAUCUCUAAUAAUCCAGCGUGUAAAGUUGUACAAAAUAGUGGUGCCACUUGGCAAAACUAGCAUACAUUUCAGUGUGAAUUUUCAUUUUGCACAGCGGAUAUUUCACUAUCCACAUACAAAAAUGUGGACAAUCCGCUUUUUCAAAGAUAAAUCAGUAAACACUACAGUAUUCAGUGAUUCUACAAAACAUAUUGUUGUUUUUGCAGCUUUAGUGUAAUAUUAAAAAUGUAUUCAUGUCUAUGGAAAGCACUGUAAAACUGCACUGUGAUGUUUUUAACAUGGUGGCAACAUCGAAAUGAACAUUUCGCACCAUUGCGUAAUUAGAUCUCUAACAGAAAUUAGAUAAACAAGCCAUAAAGGAGAAAGACGUUAUUUCAGCUUGUGAUCAGCUUGUUAGUUUUCAGGCAAACGUGUGUACUGUAUGUUUAGUGACUGGAAUCCAGAAACAACAUGUGCCUAUUGACAAUCAUUGUGUUGCUGUUUCCAUAUUUUAUGCUUUUAGUUUCUCUUUUUUUGUCCUCUGUCUUUGCAUGUUUUUAAGUAAUAAUCUUUGUGGGAUAUUGAUUCAACUUGUCAGUGCUUUAUUGUUUUAGCAGUUUUGGUUUUUGUGUGUUUAUGCUCCUACACAUCAAAAACAGAACUGUUUAUAAUUCCCACUGUGCUGGUAUCAUAAAAGAAAACCAUCAGAACUGUUUUUAACAGGUUUUAUUUGGGUUGUUCAAAUAAAUCUACUCAUGUAUCCCGAUUGUGUCCAAAUUAUGCUUCAAAACUUGUAAUAACAGCUUUAUUAUUAUUAUUAUAUUUUACCUUAUGCCAAACAUGACAAAAUUAAAAGA